AUGAAGGGGGGUGGGGUGGAUUAUGCUUACGGUGGUGGCGCGGACCUGACACUUGUUGGCCCGAAGGUUGAGGAAGGGGCGGGCGAGGGUGUGGGUGUGGGGCCUGAUGAAACCCCCGUGGAGUCGGCCCGUGGGAGUUUGAAGGGAAGAGGGGUUUUGAUCGGAGAAGAAGGGAGGGGAAAGGGGAACGGGGCAGGGGCGGCGGAAGUGGGGGAGGAGAGGGACAAAGGGAGCUGGACGCGGGUUGGGGCGAGAGCGGAAGCGGCGAGAAGCGGCGAGGCAGCGGAGCAGAGGCAGGGGGAUGGAUCUCGGCGCCGAGAAAGAAGCACAGAGGUGGGGCGGCUCGGUGGUUCGAUGGCGGCGUGCUCGGAGGGCACGAAGAAGCGCUGCGAGCGGUCUGCUUGGGGAAGGCGACGUUCGGAGGGAAAGCUCGGCGGAGGGCCCGGCGGAGGCGGCGCUAAAGCGGUGGAGCGGCACUGCGGUCGGCCACGGAGAAGGAGGCGCACGGCUUGGCGGCGCUGCGGCGACGGAGGGGCAGCGGGGACGACUGGCCGGUGCGGCGGCGCUGCUCGUCGGGUGGGCGGCGAUUGGGCAGCUGCGGCUUGGUGA